GAGCCCAUUGCCACCAUGAGUGAAUUAGAGACGGCCAUUGCAAUGAUCAUUGACGUCUUUGACAGAUAUGCGAGUACAGAGGGCAACAAACUGACGCUAACAAAGGGGGAAAUGAAGACGCUUUUAGAGAAAGAGCUUCCAGAGAUCCUGGUGAAUGCGAAGGAGAAGGACACUUGUGAAAAACUCAUGAAAGAUCUCGAUGAGAAUGGAGACUCCGAAGUGGACUUUAACGAAUUCAUUAUCUUUGUGGCUGCUAUCACCUGCCUUGGACACCGGAAAUUUUCAGAUAUGAAACCCAAAGAAUAAACCCAAACAGGAGAAUAUCUGCAUCGCUUCAGAAAUAAAGUUUUACAAAUCUUUA